AUGCAGCUGAAAACUUUGUCUCUGAAUCAAAGGUCUGGAUUAGGUUCAUCAGACUCUCAAAACGCCAUCUACCAAGAGCCAAGGAAGCAAGGCUACACCUGCAUCCCUUGUCUGUACAAACCCGAGGAGGCUGCAGAGCACACGCGCGCCAUGUUGUUCCCCCAGGACGGGGAAGGGCCAGGCUCUUGCUGGUGUAGCUCUGUGCGUGGGAAGGACGGACGGGGGGACAGCUGUAGGGACUCGAUACGGGCCUUGACUGGGAAACGCAGAUCUGGACGCGGAGAGCGUGAAGGGGGGGAGCGUAAGAUGAGAGAUGGAGCCCGGGGAGCUGGUCCGGAGAGUGACCUGAGGGCAAGGGGAGGCCAAGCUUGUUGUAAGCGCAGCUGCCUAGACGUUCCUCGGGCGGGGCUGAAGCCUGAGGUAACGUUUCGGGACGGCUGUGCCCGGGAGGAGGUUCAGGUGCCUCAGGAGCUGCCUCGCUGGCCCCUGCCUACAGGGCGGGAGGCUGCACUGCGAGGCCCAGAUAGGCGCAAGGUGCCGCCGGCUCCGGAAUACACAAGCGCCUGCAUCCCCACAGACCUCGUAACCGCCUUCAGACGAGGGUUACGUAGGGAGAGAAUUUCCCGUGCUUUGAAGUGUACAAGCCGUGACUAUGCAUCACAACGUACUUUAAAUGAAGUGGUGAUAGCAAGUGCUGCAAGGACACCGAUUGGGUCUUUCCAGGGAUCCCUUUCAUCAUUGCCAGCCACUAAACUUGGUUCCAUUGCAAUUAAAGGAGCAAUUGACAGAGCAGGUAUCCCCACAGAAGAAGUGAAAGAAGUAUAUAUGGGUAAUGUCCUGCAGGCUGGACAAGGACAAGCUCCAGCAAGACAAGCAGUACUGGGUGCAGGUCUACCAAUCUGUACUCCUACUACCACUGUCAAUAAAGUCUGUGCCUCAGGAAUGAAAUCAAUCAUGAUGGCAGCACAAAGCCUAAUGUGUGGGAGUCAGGAUGUAAUGGUUGCUGGUGGAAUGGAGAGCAUGUCUAAUGUUCCCUAUACAAUGAGCAGAGGAACAACGCCUUAUGGGGGAGUAAAACUGGAAGAUCUGAUAGUAAAAGAUGGGCUUACAGAUGUUUAUAACCAUAUCCAUAUGGGUAACUGUGCUGAGAACACUGCUAAGAAGCUUACCAUCUCACGAGAGGAACAAGACACUUAUGCUAUAGGCUCUUACACUAAGAGCAAAACAGCCUGGGAAUCAGGAACACUGAGAAAUGAAAUAGUUCCUGUCACUGUUUCGCAAAAAGGGAAGCCAGAUACAGAAGUGAAAGAAGAUGAAGAAUACAAACGUGUUGAUUUUAGUAAAGUUCCAAAGCUGAAGGCUGUUUUCCAAAAAGAAAAUGGAACAGUUACAGCUGCUAAUGCCAGUACUCUGAAUGAUGGAGCAGCUGCUGUGGUUGUGAUGACUACAGAGGCAGCCAAGAGACUAAAAGUUAAACCAUUGGCACGAAUAGUAGCUUUUGCAGAUGCUGCUGUUGACCCUAUUGACUUUCCAAUUGCACCUGCAUAUGCCGUUCCCAAGAUUCUAAAUGAGGCAGGAUUGAAAAAAGAAGAUAUUGCAAUGUGGGAAAUCAAUGAAGCAUUCAGUGUUGUGGUGCUGGCCAAUAUUAAAAUGCUGGGUAUUGAUCCACAAAAAGUGAACAUUAAUGGAGGUGCUGUCUCUCUGGGACAUCCAAUAGGAAUGUCUGGAGCAAGGAUUGUUGUCCACAUGGCCCAUGCAUUGAAACAAGGACAAUAUGGUCUUGCAGGAAUUUGCAAUGGAGGAGGAGGUGCUUCUGCAAUAUUGAUACAAAAGCUGUAAGCCCAACCAGCUGUUGGAAACAAAGCCUUAAACCCUCUUUGAUCAGUAUGAUGAGUGGUACCUGUUACAUCUUGUUUAUGACUAAGUGGAGGAAUUCUUUCUUUAACUGCAACUCUUCUAAAACUUCUUAAAACAUCAUUGACUAUUGAUAUGGACAACUGGGCUUUUAUUACUUUGACUCAAUGCAUUUUUAUACAGUACAAAUGAAGAAUGUCAAAUUACGAUAAUGUCAGCUCUCAAGACAAUAAAGAAUGUUUCUCUGUGCUAA